GCCCAGACCUCAAAGAGCCGAGUGGAAUGUAUAUAGAUAUCGCCAAUGCGCACGGUCAAAUUGCAUCGUGGGGUUUCAAUAAUCUUCAAGCACCGAAGGAAGGCCUCAAGUUCAAUAUAUGUGAAAUCGAGUCGUCCUUCUAUCGAAACAGAGAGAUGCCGGAUCUAGAGGCAAGAAUAUCAAAGUUCAUCAGAAUGAACGUUCGAUAUGCGAGUUUACACUGGCCGUUUCAUAUGGCCGAAACGGAUAGCAAAUGGAGACACCAGCUCAGAAAUAAACUGCAAGAGAUUAUUCGAAUUCCACAUGUACUAUAUUGGAUGGAGAUCCUAAGCCUUGUUGGAGGCGUGGCUAGAGCUAUCAGUGGGCUCCGAGCUGUGACGCGCAAUACUGGCUGGAGAAGACAUACCGGGGACUUCCAGAAGCGCUUCGGGGACAUACAAAUAGUCACGGCAAUCGCAUUUUCACCAGACGGCUCACGCAUUGUCUCUGGAUCGUAUGAUAAUACGAUUCGACUAUGGGAUGCGGAGACGGGCCAGUCGUUGGGAGAACCACUCCGAGGCCACACAAGCUCGGUCACCGCCGUCGCAUUCUCACCAGACGGCUCGCGAAUCGUCUCUGGCUCGGGCGAUCAUACCAUUCGACUAUGGAAUGCGGAGACGGGCCAGUCGUUGGGAGACCCACUCCGAGGCCACACAAACUCGGUCACCGCCGUCGCAUUCUCACCAGACGGCUCGCGAAUCGUCUCUGGCUCGCACGAUCACACGAUUCGACUAUGGAAUGCGGAGACGGGCCAGUCGUUGGGAGACCCACUCCGAGGCCACACAAACUCGGUCAGGGCCGUCGCAUUCUCACCAGACGGCUCGCGAAUCGUCUCUGGCUCGUGGGAUAACACGAUUCGACUAUGGAAUGCGGAGACGGGCCAGUCGUUGGGAGACCCACUCCGAGGCCACACAAACUGGGUCAGCGCCGUCGCAUUCUCACCAGACGGCUCGCGAAUCGUCUCUGGCUCGCACGAUCACACGAUUCGACUAUGGAAUGCGGAGACGGGCCAGUCGUUGGGAGACCCACUCCGAGGCCACACAAACUCGGUCAGGGCCGUCGCAUUCUCACCAGACGGCUCGCGAAUCACGAUUCGACUAUGGAAUGCGGAGACGGGCCAGUCGUUGGGAGACCCACCGAGGCCACACAAACCCGGUCAGCCGUCGCAUUCUCACCAGACGGCUCGCGAAUCGUCUCUGGCUCAUGAUCAUACGAUUCGACUAUGGAAUGCGGAGACGGGCCAGUCGUUGGGAGACCCACCGAGGCCACACAACCGGGUCACCGCCGUCGCAUUCUCACCAGACGGCUCGCGAAUCGUCUCUGGCUCGUGGGAUAACACGAUUCGACUAUGGAAUGGGGAAACGGGCCAGUCGUUGGGAGACCCACUCCAAGGCCACACAGAGGCCUGGGACGGCUCGCGAAUCGUCUCUGGCUCGGAUGAUAAGACGAUUCGACUAUGGAAUGCGGAGACGGGCCAGUCGUUGGGAGACCCACUCCGAGGCCACACAAACUCGGUCAGGGCCGUCGCAUUCUCACCAGACGGCUCGCGAAUCGUCUCUGGCUCGUGGGAUAACACGAUUCGACUAUGGAAUGCGGAGACGGGCCAGUCGUUGGGAGACCCACUCCGAGGCCACACAAACUGGGUCACCGCCGUCGCAUUCUCACCAGACGGCUCGCGAAUCGUCUCUGGCUCGCACGAUCACACGAUUCGACUAUGGAAUGCGGAGACGGGCCAGUCGUUGGGAGACCCACUCCGAGGCCACACAAACUGGGUCAGCGCCGUCGCAUUCUCACCAGACGGCUCGCGAAUCGUCUCUGGCUCGUGGGAUAACACGAUUCGACUAUGGAAUGCGGAGACGGGCCAGUCGUUGGGAGACCCACUCCGAGGCCACACAAACUCGGUCACCGCCGUCGCAUUCUCACCAGACGGCUCGCGAAUCGUCUCUGGCUCGGAUGAUAACACGAUUCGACUAUGGAAUGCGGAGACGGGUCGUUGGGAGACCCACCCGAGGCACACAAACUGGUCACCCGUCGCAUUCUCACCAGACGGCUCGCGAAUCGUCUCUGGCUCGCACGAUCAUACGAUUCGAUUAUGGGAUGUAACGACCGGCCAUCCGUUGGGAAGGCCGUUUCAAGGACAUACACGGCGCGUCUGGGUAGUUGCGUUAUCACCAGAUGGCUCCCGAAUUGCCUCUGGCUCCAGAGAUGAGACGAUUCGACUAUGGAAUCCCGAGACUGGCCAGUCGCUGGGGAAGCCACUUUGGGGACAUAAGGGCUCCAUCGUGGCCAUAACCUUUUCACCUGAUGGCUCGCGAAUCGCGUCUGGCGGAAAUGAUGAAACGAUUCGACUAUGGGAUGUAGAUACUGGCCAGUUACUGGGAAAGCCAUUUCAAGGACAUACAGACUCCGUCACUGCCGUCGCCUUCUCACCAGACGGCUCGCGAAUUGUUUCCGGCUCACAUGAUGACACGAUUCGUCUAUGGGAUGGAGACGGGCCAGUCGUUGGAGACCCACCUGAGGCCACACAAACUCGGUCACCGUCGAUUCUCACCAGACGGCUCGCGAAUCGUCUCUGGCUCGAUGAUAAGACGAUUCGACUAUGGAAUGCGGAGACGGGCCAGUCGUUGGGAGACCCACUCCGAGGCCACACAAACUGGGUCAGGGCCGUCGCAUUCACCAGACGGCUCGCGAAUCGUCUCUGGCUCGGAUGA